UCAGUCACUUUUCAGCGGUCGCACAAUGUGUUAGGAAAUCGUCAAGUUAAAUCAGAGAGCAAUACCGUUACGGUUCUGUGUUGGUAACUGGUUAUCUUAUCUUAUUAGUUUUACAAUGAUAUAGUAACUAUACUAAUAGAUAAGUCUAAUAAAACAAUCAAUUGGCAUUGGAUCGUCCACAUUUUCAAGAACACAAUUUUAAUUUGCAUGACGGAUAUCAUUCGAUAGUCAUCAUUUACAUCAUGAUGGCGAAAAAAUCUUCGGAAUGGUCAAAAUUGCUGGGUUUCACUACGGAAGAAUUUCCAGUUUGCAUCCAGGAAUUGAUGUCAUAUUGUGGUUAUAAAGCACUUCCUGAUAUGCUUAACAUCGAUGAGAGCAAAUUAAGAUCUGUUGAGUCUAUCUUGAGUAAAAAUAAAAAACUUACAUCGCAGAAAUAUCUCAUUGACUACGAAAUCCAAACUCAAGACAAUUCAUUCAUUUUCUAUCCGGCUCACAGAGAGAAAAUUUUGUCGAUUCCAUCAAAAUAUCCAUGGAUUCAAAUAAGAAAACCCGAGAAUGCAUCAACAGGCCAAAAGAAAAAGAGAAAUUCGACUGAUUUGCGUAGUAAAGUACCGCGAAGGGAAAUAAACGCAAAGGAAAAGCUAAUGGAACAAGUAAAAAAAUUAGUGAAAAGCAACAACGGUUUGAUGUUACUAGAUGACAGCAUAACAUAUUCAAAUAUAAUUGAGUUUAACUCUUCGAAGGACGGUUUAUACGUGUGUCGUUUCAAAUGUCCGAUCUGUGAAAAAGUUUCAUCGACGAAAUUUGAAACAAAUUGGAAAACUGACAAAAUCAGUGAUCACUUCAAGAGCCACGACAAAUAUGUUAAUGUAAAACCGGAAAUAAUUUCACCGAAUAAAUCGAAGCUUCAAGGUGGUAAUAAGUUGUUAAGGACAAAGUUAGUUCAAAAACUGGCUAACAGUAUCAAAAGCGUUGGCUUAACUUUACUUGACAAAGUAAUAGUUGAGAGAAAUAUAACUGAUUUGAAAUUGUGUAAACGUGAUUUCUCAUACGAAUGUCAAUUCGAAUGCCCAUUUUGUGUAGAGAGUUCAACACUAAAAACGGGAUCAAAAUGGAAUGUAGCCGAAAUUAGUAAACAUCUCAAAACUCAUGCCGAUAAUCGGAAAGAAUCGAUGUCUGAAACUUGUUUUAAGGAACCAAAAGUAGUUUCAAGCACAUCGGAACAAAAAGCUGGAACUAGUUCAGACUUUUAUGCCAAUUAUUCAUUCCAUAAUCAAGUUCUUCGAGAGCAAGAACAAGACAAAGAUUCAUUUCAUGCAAAGAUGCAGUUAACAGUUUUUGCGCACAAUGUCAAUGGGCUACGAACCAAGCUGAGUGAUGUUUAUUUGAAAGCUCGAAAUAAUGAUUAUGACAUUUAUAUAUUCACGGAAACCGGAUUGGACGCCAGAAUUCCGAACGACGCCAUCUUUCCAAGUGAAACCUUUCGAGUGUAUCGCUGCGAUCGAUCGUCCGAAACAAGUUUGAAGAAAUCAGGUGGUGGUGUUUUAAUUGCUGUCAACACGAGAUAUGAUUCACGCGUUAUUAAGAGAGGCGACAGUCAUGGAUGCGAACAAAUAUACGCUGAAGUGAAAGAAGGGAUCCGAACUCUGAUUUUGGGUGCAAUUUAUAUUCCGCCCGAUUCGAAAAUAUACGAGCUCCACAUGGGGAUAGUUACACAGAUUUAUGAUGGAUUUGAUGAGAAUACAACGUUCAUCUUAUACGGCGAUUUUAAUCUACCACAAUUGACAUGGACUCAAACAACUCCCAAUACAUACUUGCCCACUAAAAUCACAAAUAAUGCCGGCAAGUUGACAACGGAAAUAUGCACUAGAAUGGGACUGCAGCAAAUAAACUGCGUCUUAAACGAUAAUAAUCGCAUUCUUGACCUAGUAUGGACGAACAGGCCGGAAAACUGUGUGUGUUACGUAUCUAGUUCUAAUUUUCUCAAAAAUGAGUCACAUCAUAAAGCUAUGCGAAUCGAAAUUGGAUGGAAUCUAAAUGAUCUAGACGAGAUGAACACAGUUCAGACGAAAGAAGAACAAGUAGAGUGUAAGCCAGACAUUAAUUUGUUAACUGACAUUGAUAUAUUUAAAAGCUUAGAUCCAUACUAUUAUUCAACGAUGGAAAAAUAAAGGGAAAA